AUGAAACCCCAAAACAACACAACCCUCUUGUUGUUGGUGAUGAUGGUCUUGCUCGUACUGAUGACAUUUACUACGACGAGCACCACAAGCCUUGGCCUCUCCACUCAAAACUCUCCCAAAACUCUCUCGAGCAAGAUUUGUCUUCGUUUCAUCUCUUCCGAUUCCAUCGCUGCAUUGGGAGGAACAUUUUUGGGAUUUAAUGUGCAACCAAUGCCGAAGAUUUGUCCUGGACCCACUGGAACAUGUGAUCUGUAUAUUAAUCCAGUGAGCUGUUUGGGUUGGAAUGGCCCUUUGGGUGGUUAUGGACCAUUGGCUAGUUUAGGACCAUUGAGUCAUGAAAUUCCAUCUCCAAAUAAUUCUUGGGAAAUUCUUCGAAAAUUUGUUCAACAAAUAUUGGGAUCUGACAAUGUGGAUGCCGUUCGUUUCUUUAUGGUUAAUAAUGCCCAAAAUCCACUUUCUUCUGCAGGUCCUCUUGGUGAUUCCUUUUUCACAGUGAUGCCAAAUAUUAAUGAUUUUACUAAACAUAUGCAAGGUUUGGGAGUUUGGAGUGUUCUUGGUCCAAUUGGACCAUUGGGAGCUUUGGGUCCAUUAGGUCCAUUAGGUCCAAUGGGAAUCCAUAACUUCAAUAGAACUGCUGAUGGUGAUUACAUUGAUGCAAAUGGAAAAAUUCAAACCACUUUAACUGUGAAAUGGGAUGAAAAGACAAGCAUUCAGUGGCCAUUGUUUGAAGACUAUAAAAAAGAAAGAGCCAUUCAACUUGGUAAACAAGGAAAAUUAGAUCCAAGUUUUAUGGUUUCUGCUAUUGGAUCAUUGACACCUGACGUCUAUACCGUCACGGUUACUGAACCUCAAUAUGUGACCAUUUUGACAGCUCCAUCCAUCUAUGCCAAGAACUUUUUAAUUACUGUGAAAGAAAAGAAAUCAAAGCAGGUCAUUGCUUCAACUGGCAGCUCUGUAUCUUUCACACCAUGGAUUCAAUUCUUUGUAGAACCAUCGAGUUUGACGAAUGGACCAUUGCAAUUUGAAAUUAGUGUUGCUGUUGACCCAUUGGAUUGUGGAUUGGCAUCUGUGUUUGAAUGCUUUAUGGAAUAUUAUUUGUAUGUUGUUGGAAGUACAAAACACAUAUUGAGAAGGCCAUCCAUUGCAUACAGUGGUCCAUACAUUAAACAGUCAUGUUAA